UUUCACAUGUUCACAAGCCUUCCGUCGGGAAAACAAGAAGCUGCGAAUAAAUAUGAGCAAGCACGAAAUAAGCCAUAUGCUAUCGCGACAACAAAGAUGACUCAUGCAAGCACGCAUUUCGUCGCAAGUAGCCGUUGAUUAUCAACAACUCCUGUUUAGGUCGUGCCAGGUCUGUCGACCCGAGGUCUAUUUAUACAAGACAACAGCUUUCGACUACUGUAACUCGUCCACCCACAGUUCUCAAAAUCAAGCAAAUCAAGCAAUACUACUUGGUCUUUAACAAAACACACCAACAGUUAACACUAUGUCUCCCACUGUCGCUCUUCUUGGUCACAACGGUACCGUUGGCGACAACCUCUUGCCCUACCUCGUUGAAGCUCACAAGAAAGGCUCCAUCAAGCUUGUGAUUUUGCACCGACCUAGCACCGAACUCUCAAAGAUCCCUUCUGAUGUCGGUAUUGAGAAGAGGAUUGUUGAGCUCGAGGACGGAAAGAUUGAUUCCAUCAAGGCCGCGGUCAAGGACUUGGAGGUCGUCAUUUCGGCCAUUGCAGCACCUAGUGCCCCUAGCCAAAUCUACCUCGCUGAAGCUCUUGCGAGUUCUACUGCCCUUAAGACUUUUAUCCCAUCCGACUUCGGUUGUGUCUGGACCGAGGAAGAAAUCAGCAUCCCUGGUCUUUCAUUCCUCAAGAUUAAGGAGGACGUUGCUCACAGGAUCAAGCAGCUCAAGGUUCCCGUUACUGAGAUCAAAGUCGGGUUGUUCGACCAGUUCUUCUUUGGAUAUAAGGCUGCGGGAACCGAUGUGAAAGGUAACCAGGUCCAAUACUACCACGAUUCUCUCAAGAACCGAUUGCCCAUCACUUCCCUAUCUUAUCUUGGCUAUUCCGUCGCUCAGAUCGUCUCUGAUCCUUCCCUCCUCGCUAAGCUCCCCAACAGCACUCUAAACGUCUUUAACUUUGCACCUACCGGUCAAGAAAUUGUCGACAUUCUUACACAGCUCCAUGGUCAACCCACCAAGACUGUCCAAGUUAGCGAGAAGACCGUUGCCGAACAAUUAGAGGGACCCAUCGCUAUCGGUGCCGCUAUCACCAAGAAAUGGGGUGACAAUAACUUUGGUAACGUUCCCAAGACUGAGAUUAGUGGCUGGGCUGGUAAGAGCUUUGCCGAGACAGUCAAGGAGUGGGUCAACAAGGCGUAGACUUGCUAGCUUCUUAAUAGAGUAGAUGACUCUCGUAUCUAAAUGAUAAAAAGAUGGGUCGAAAUGUCAGUAGGCUCUGAGAUGC